AUGAGUACCGAAACAGUCCUCCUCGUUGGCGCCACGGGCAAUAUCGGCGUGUCCAUGGCAAUCGCCGUGCUGCGCUCCAAGCGUCAGGUCCUGGCGCUGGUGCGCAAUCAGGCGUCUGCCGAGAAGCUGUACAAGUACCUCGGGACGCGCGAGGGCGUCACCACGGUCGAGGUUGAUGUCAUGUCGGAUGGCGGCAUUCAGAGCGUCGUUGACCGGGUCAAGACGGGCGAAUUGCCCUCCUUCCAACACGUUUUCUCCUCUGGUGGCGGUGAUUAUGUUCAACGUGAUUUAUCGACCAUAUCUCUUGAAUACUUCCGACAACAGAUGACCUAUGGCGUCGAGGUGAAUUUCCUCGCCUACCGCGCCACGGUCCCGUAUCUCAUCGCGCAGGGUAACCCCAAGAGCACCUGGACCAUCUGCACGGGCGCCCAGGGCGAUUGGGGUCUGUACCAGAUGCCUGCGAUCGCCCAGGGGGCUUUGUUCAGCAUGUCGGCAGUGGCAGCGCAGGAGCAGAAAGAGACCAAUGUGCGCUUCAACGAGCUGUACCUCGCGUACCGGGUCGAGGUCGACGACGACGCGGAUGCCCACGGUGUCGUGCGAGCGUCCGACUUUGGGGUCAUUUACGAGCGUCUAUUGGAACGCCCGGACAUCCGCGGCAUGCGCGUCAAGAUUCUGGACGAGUCGGACAUUGCCGAUCUCAAGUUUGAGCCGAAGGGAAUGCCGGUAACACACACAAAAGAAUAG